AUGAUUCAGAGGAAGCUCCCUGAGAAGUUGACUGACCCCGGGAGUUUCAUUAUUCCAUGUUUGAUUAGGGAGUGCACGCAAGAAAAGGCCUUGGCAGAUUCUAUGGCCAACAUCAAUGUAAUGGUCUACAAGCUAUUUCUGAAAUUGGGAUUGGAAGACAUGCGGCCUGCACAGAUGACAAUACAACUUGCGGACGGGUCUAUAAAGAAACCUCGAGGUGUUGUCGAGGAUGUGCUAGUUAGAGUAGACAAGCUCAUUAUCCCGAUUGAGUUUGUUAUUCUUGAUGUGGAUGAUGAUGUUGAAGUCCCAUUGAUCCUUGGGCGACCAUUUCUUAACACCACAGGCGCCCUCAUUGAUGUAAAAUGUUGGAUGAUGAAAUUGAGGGUGGGGGAUAAGGAAUUCAUUUUUACGAUGAUUGCACACUAUUAA